AUGCGGUUAUAUCGAUUCCUUGGUAUUAUCGCCCUCUUCAUGGGCACCGCCCAUUGCUUCUUCUUCGAUGCUAUGAAACCCGACACAACCGGCACCGUCCUGGAUCAGCCCAAGUCGGUCAGCGAAGAGCCUUCGGCCGAAAUUGAAAGUCGACUCGAGAACAUUCAGUCCCGCGGGCUCACUCAGAAUGCCGACUAUAAGUGUGGUGCCAAAUGGGGCCGAUGUCCUAUGGGCACCUGUUGCUCUGCCUCAGGUUAUUGCGGCACUUCCACUUUGCACUGCCGAUCUCCUGACUGCUUGAUUGACUGGGGUCAAUGCGAUGCUGACCGAACACCCAAGGGACCGCCCACAAAGGACAUACUUCGCCCUAGCAUUGGUAAAGUCCCGUACGGUCCGCAGGAGAUUCGUUCCUGCACUGUUCCCGGAACAGUCGCUUUGACAUACGACGAUGGCCCAACGCGAUAUACAGGUGAACUUCUUGAUCUUCUCGACAAGUACGAAGCUCCAGCUACUUUCUUCAUCACCGGUGUCAACAACGGCAAAGGCCAGAUUGAUGAUCCCACCCUGCCUUGGGCUCCUCUCAUCGAACGCAUGCUUCUGAGUGGUCAUCAAAUCGCCAGUCAUACCUGGUCGCAUGAGGAUCUCAGCAAGAUCACUCCCACUCAGCGCCGCGACCAGAUGGAGAAGAACGAAGCCGCCCUGCGGAAUAUUGUGGGAAGCUUCCCGACUUAUAUGCGGCCUCCGUACUCGAAAUGUCUCGCUGGCUCUGGAUGCCGCGAGGCCAUGGGCGAGCUGGGGUACCACAUCAUUCUCUAUGACAUAGACACAGACGACUGGAAGAACGACAGUCCAGAUCAUAUUCAGCUAUCCAAAGAUGCUUUCGACAAGGCCCUUUCCGGGGGAAGCCCUGCGAGCAAGUCUUGGCUGGUCAUUUCCCACGAUGCACACGAACAAACGGUUCGCAAUCUUACGGAGCAUAUGCUACGAACAAUGAAACGACUUGGAUAUCGCCCCGUCACAGUCGGCGACUGUCUCCAAGACCCGCGCGACAAUUGGUAUCGCAUUGACAAUCGAUGGCCCGGCCACAAGAACAAGAAGAAGCCUCCCAAGAAGGGUCCCCAAAAGGGUAUGCCACAACAGGUCUCUGUCGAUGGCACCUGUGGCUCAAACUAUACCUGUCUCAGUUCCCGCUUUGGACUGUGUUGCAGCAGCGACCACCUCUGUGGGAAUUCCACCCUGCACUGCGGCGUUGGUUGUCGUAAGGACUCUGGCUAUUGUACUGUUGAGACCCCCUCCAACGGCGACCCAUGGGACCCGAAAUUUCCGGGCAAAAGUGGCAAGUCCGAAGGCGAGUCUGAUUUUCGUGCUGUUGGCACCGCCGCUUUGACUUCACUCCUUCUGGCUCUGAUUGCUGCCAUGUUCAUGUGA